AUGUUCACUCGAUCCAGAUUGUUUUUCUCCAGGACCAUCCAAUUACGCAAUGUUUUUAACGUGGAUUACCUAAACAAUACAUAUAAUAAACCCCGGUUUUUAUACAGCAUAACGACUACAAGAAGUCGGUCUACUACUCCGCUGAAUACUAUUGUCAUGUUCGUUCCACAACAAGAGGCAUGGAUUGUGGAGCGUAUGGGUAAAUUUCACAGGAUUCUUGAACCAGGACUGAAUCUGUUGUGGCCAAUAGUAGAUAAGAUAAAGUAUGUGCAGAGCUUGAAAGAAAUUGCUAUUGAUGUUCCGAAACAGAGUGCCAUCACAUCGGACAAUGUUACAUUGAGCAUUGAUGGAGUGCUCUAUCUUCGUAUCAUUGAUCCUUAUUUAGCCUCAUAUGGAGUUGAAGAUCCUGAGUUUGCUAUCACACAGCUGGCUCAAACUACUAUGCGUUCCGAACUUGGUCAGAUUUCACUGGACAAGGUAUUCAGGGAGAGAGAAUCUCUGAAUGUUGCCAUUGUUGAUGCCAUCAAUAAAGCUAGUGAGGCUUGGGGCAUCACUUGUCUGCGAUAUGAAAUUCGUGAUAUCAAACUGCCGACUCGUGUGCACGAGGCUAUGCAGAUGCAAGUGGAAGCUGAGCGGCGGAAAAGAGCAGCCAUCUUGGAGUCUGAGGGAGUGCGCGCCGCUGAUAUCAACGUCGCCGAGGGCAAGCGGCAGGCUAGAAUAUUGGCAUCAGAGGCUGAAAAACAAGAACAGAUAAACAAGGCGUCUGGUGAGGCACAGGCUAUGCUUGCCGUUGCUGAAGCUCGUGCUAGGGGACUGAAGCUUAUUGGAGGUGCUCUAGCUCAACAGGAUAGCAAACAUGCCGCCUCCUUGACGCUGGCUGAGCAGUAUGUAUCUGCAUUCAACAAACUAGCGAGAACCAAUAACACACUCAUUCUGCCGGCAAACGCAGGAGACGUGUCCAACUUAGUGGCACAGGCAAUGUCAAUAUAUUCAACAGUGACAGCACACAACACACAAGCCAAAACACAUUCUGAAAUAUCGGAAAAUUAUGAGGAGCCUCUAGUCAAACUUAAUGCUAUAACAGAAAAGGGGUCUACAUUGGCUGGCCCAGCUAUCGCCAAUUAUGACGACACCUUAGCAGAAUACUUCUCAGAUGAUGAAGAACGGGAAAAGGCAUUAAGGGGUCUUAAAGAGAAAAAAGACUUACACUCACAACCACAAAGUAAACUAGAUAAACUAGAAAAAGAUACAUAG